UUUGGUCAGAUGCUCAUCCCCCUUAAAUCCCGCGUUAACAGACUUAACCUAGUCAACUUACCCUAGAUGUACUCUCUCCCCGAGCCUAUAUCUUUCACUGUCUUAGUGUCGAGAGAGACACUCGAUUCCCCAACCUUCAUCUGCUCACACAUCACACAGUUUUCUGUCUGGUUUUUAACAUCAAAAGAAGACAUCAAGCCAGUAAGCAGUAAUAUUUUGGACAAAGAAGAGCGUCAUUUGGCACAGGACAAGUACUAGUCAGGCAGCUUAACACAUUACUAAGGCAAUAAAAAGAAAGUACAAUGGGAAAUGCAACCAGUAGCGCGCUAUCAAAGGAGAUCCUGGAGGACCUCAAACUCAGCACAAAAUUUACUGAGGAAGAAAUCUCCCAGUGGUACGAGAACUUUCAGAAGCAGUGUCCGACAGGACGCAUCUCACCGGAGGAGUUUGAGGAGAUCUAUGCCCGCUUCUUCCCUGAGAGUGAUCCUAAGAGCUACGCGAGACAUGUAUUUCGCUCCUUUGACACCAAUGAUGACGGCACUUUAGACUUCAAGGAGUACAUCAUCGCACUACACAUGACCUCCACUGGGAGGACAACCCGAAAACUGGAGUGGGCCUUCUCCCUAUUUGACGUAGACAAGAACGGAUACAUCACCAAGUCAGAAGUCAAGGAAAUAUGCCAUGCCUUGUUUAAGCUGAUCCCCAAAGAGGACCACUGCAAACUACCAGAGGAUGAAAACACACCUGACAAGCGAGCCAAGAAGCUGUGGGGUUACUUUGAAAAGAAAGACAAUGAUCGACUGGCUGAAGGAGAGUUCAUUACAGGAGUGAUUGAAAAUGAGAAUGCAAUGCGUCUGAUCCACUACGAUCCAGUAAAACAUUAAAUCUCCCUCUAUUCCUAUAUUCCUCCUCUUUCCCCGCUUUUAUUGUUUUUAUUAUUAAACUACUUUCUUUUUUUAAAACAUACUUUUCCCUCUUCCUCCUCUCAGUAUCAGAUGCUUUCUCUAUCCUCUUCAUUAAAUUACUUAGGCCCUGCAUGUAAAUAACGAUUCCUGCAGUUUCUUUAAAUUUGUGUGUUACACAUAUGUAUACAUAUGUAAGUAUCAUGCUUAAUUGUUAGCCGGUUAUACUUUUUUUGUUAGAAAUUUGAAAUAUCCUCCAGUAUUGUAAAUUACUCAAAAAAAAUAAAAUAAGAAUCGUCUCAUUCAUCUGGGCUUUGGAAGUCCAUUUAUCUUUCUCUCCUGGAAAACAAUAAAAUCUCCUUUGACCUAGAAACACACUGUACAUUAUAAUGCUAGUGGUUGAUAAAAUUUGCACUCUAGGUUUUAAAUUUUCUGUUGUAUUAAUCCCAGACAGUAAAUCCAAGAUUAUCUCAAAUGUAUAACCUACAAAUAUUAAAGGUAAAUUUAAGUAAUUUUUUUGGCAUUUGUAAGAAAAACAAUGUUACCUAUACAAUUUUAUGUGAAACAUAAUAUAUAACAGGAGCUUAAUGCACGUUUGUACACCAUUGUUUCCUUGAAACUGGUGUUUUAAUGUUGCAGAUAUUUGUGGGUGUGUGUGUGUGUGUGUGUCUCUGCAUUUCUUUCCAACUUUCAUUCUGACCCCCCACAAGCCGCUCCUCUCUUGCUUCACUCUCCUCCCUCUGUUCCUCCUCCUCUCCAUCCAACUCGGGAUUACUGGUUUACACAUAAUCUUCUGUUCAACAUCAGGGAGCAGACUUUUCAAAAUCUCUGUAAUCUUUCCAUCUCUAUGGGUUUGUCUGUGCAUCUCCAGAGAGGCUGUGUUUGUAGUAGCUUCUGGUAUACAUGCAUUGCUUCAAAAUUCUGUAUCUCUUAAAAGUUUCUAACCAGAGAAGGAAGACCUUUAUUGUAACACGCAGAAAAUAAAAUGUGUAUUUUCUCUGUA